AGAACUACUCAUCAACACCAUCAUGAAGAGAAGAAGAGACACAGACAACGAAAGCGAGGAGUCUGAAGAGGAUGGCGAGACCCAAUUCAGCACGCAAGUGGGAACUCAGCAGGAGACACAAUCUGAUAGGCGUGGUGGUGACGACGUCGACGAAGAUUACGACGGGUACAAUCGCGACUCCGAGCUCCAAGACGCGGUGGGCAAGGUGAUCCGAUUGGUACUUGGACGGGAGGCCAAGGGCCAGUUGAUACGAAGAGAGCACAUCACGGGGGUGCUCAGCCGUCGGCGGAUCUCGUUCGAGGUGAUCUUGAAGGAAACAAGGCACCAGUUGGAGGAGGUAUACGGGAUGAAGUUGGUGGAAACGCCGGUGCUGGGCGAGAUGUCCAAGAAAAAGACCAAGACCAAACCCAAGGCCCAGUAUGUCGUGGUCAACGGGUUGGCAGCGGGUUCCAGGCGGGUUUUGGGCGAGAUCUGGACGCAGGCCAGCGAGUACGAGGUGGACAACGGCAAGAAGUUCACCGACUCCGGGUACUUUUUGCCCAAGUUCCGCCACACAGACACCCCAGGCACCAACCACGAGCUUGUCAAGCUCGGAGUGGUGGCACUCGUGGUGUCGCUCGUGGUGUUGGCGGAAAACCACCUAUCGGAGGCGGAAUUGUUCCGUUCGCUUGCAGGGUUUGGCCUCAGCGAUAAGCUCGAGUCGCGGAACUCCAACUACCACCUCAAUUUGGGCGAGUUGAUGGCGGAAUUGGCCAAGAAGGACUACGUCAACCGCGAGAUCACCGAACAAGUCACUGCCUACUCGUUGGGACGGCGGGCUUUGGUGGAGUUCAACCCCCAUAGUGUGUUCGAGUUCGUGCGGGGCAUCUACGGCGACCACUUCGACUCCACCACCAAGCAGCAGACCAUCGUCACCAUCGAACGAGUGUAUGGAGCAGCAGUGGCAGAGGAUCUCGCGCGGAACGACUUGCCGGAAACGGAGACCGAGCCCAGUCCUGGCGUCAGCACGGAAAUCGCCAGUUCCCACCAUCAGUAGGCGGAUCACAUGGACGUCGGAGGUAGCUGCCUAUCUGGGAGAGCUAGUGUCCGGUCCGGAGAUGUCCCAGUGGAAAGUCCGGAGUUUACUGUGAUAAUCACAGCAAUAACCAGAACUAGCAGUACUGCAGUACUACCACCAGUAGCACUUCUAGCACCACUUCUCCCACGUCUAGCACCACCACUUCCACGUCUAGCACCACCAUCACCACCACCACCACUUCUAGCACUACCACCACCAGUCCACUCGCACUAGCAUAGCGCACCUAGCGUGCCCCCCAAUAAAUUCUCAGUAGCUCGCCCCCCGUAGCACCCCGCC